GAGAGGUCAUGCUUGCUCCAACAAUUGUUCCAGAUCAACUAUAUGAAUUAUUCACCUCAUGUUCACCUGAUUCAAAAGAAUUUAGAUUAAAAUCAGAGCAUAUAACAGUAUAUUUGCAUUCACAUCUUUUGGAGCCCAUAUAGAUACAAAUUUGGCAAAUGCAAGAUAGGGAAUUUACACGUUUAGAGCUCAAGGUCAAAUUUAUCACAGUCUACCUCCUAUUACAAAAGGUUCAAAUGGUCUAUGCUACUUCCAAUUAUAUAUUUAUGACACUGAUGCUGAAACAAACAAUCGAAUGAAUGUUAUUGAAGAUUUAAAUCUUUCUGAGGAAUUGGUAAAGAAAUUGAUUGAUAUACUUUCUAUAAAUCCAUACGCUCAAUUCUUCAGAUCAUUGAAUAAUAGAGAUCUGUUGGAAAACUUACAAAUAUACAUUAGAUCUGAUGUAAGAAUAGAUCAAAGAGUUUAUAAUGCACAUAUAGUAUCCCAAGUAGCAGCAAUAUGGAUUGAAGGAGAUAGUACAUGUUUCAUUGAACGUGAUAUCAUAUUAACUUUACAUUCUGGGACAUAUCGUAAAAUCAAGCAUUACUUUGGAUGCUAUGACCCUUUGCAAUAUCCGAUUCUAUUUCCAAAUGGAAAAGUUGGAUGGCAUCAAAAUAUAAAUCGAAAUUCCAGAUUUGGAAGGAAUGAAGAAAUAACAAGGUCAGUAAUAAGAUCAUCUCCAACAGAAGAAGAAUUAUUUAGCCAACAAGAAAAUGGUAUCAAGAGGACAUCAAAAGAAAGAGUUUCAUGCAGAGAAUAUUAUAGUUACAAGCUUCAAAUUCGAGAACAUAAAAAAUCAAUUAUCUUGUAUGCUGGUAGAUUGCUACAUCAGUAUGUUGUUGACAUGUACGUGAAGAUUGAAACAAGUCGCUUAGACUUCUACAAACAAAAUCAACAUACAAUACGAUCAGAUUUGUAUAAAGGUAUUAUUGAUAGUGUAGCCGCUGGAGAAACACAAAGUAAUAAUACUGGUAAAAGAAUUAUACUUCCACCUUCGUUCAUUGGCGGACCUCGUGAUAUGCGACGAAGAUAUUUAGAUGCAAUGGCUCUUUGUCAACGCUUUGGAAAACCAGACUUGUUCAUAACAAUGACAUGUAAUCCUGAUUGACAAGAGAUUAAAAAUGAGUUAAAGCCUGGUCAAACGGCACAGGACAGACCCGAUCUAACAACACGUAUUUUCAGGGCUAAAUUACAAGAUUUAAAGGAUCAAUUAUUCAAGAAAUCAAUUUUUGGAACUGUAGCUGCCCGUGUAUAUGUUAUUGAAUUUCAAAAAAGAGGACUUUCACAUGCUCAUUUUCUGAUUAUCUUGGAUGCUGCUUUUAAGAUAAUAUCUCCAAUACAGUUUGAUAGAAUUGUUUCAGUAGAAUUACCAUAUCCUUCAAAAUAUAAGAGUCUACUUGAAUAUGUUGUAAAAUAUAUGAUGCAUGGCCCCUGUGGAAUUUUAAACAAAAACAAUGCUUGCAUGAGAAAUGGAUUAUGUAAGAAUAAAUAUCCUAGAUCUUUCUCAAACCAAACUAUAAUUGGUGAUGACUCAUAUCCAAUUUAUCGAAGAAGGCAAUAUUUGCAUCAAGUAAAAGAAAGAAAUUGUUUCUUAGAUAAUCGUUGGGUUGUUCCUUACAAUACAUAUCUAUUACCUAGAUAUAAUUGUCACAUAAAUGUUGAGAUAUGUUUCGGUAUCAAAGCAGUAAAGUAUAUUUAUAAGUAUAUUUAUAAGGGACAUGAUAAAAUUUCGGUGGCUUUUUCACAAAAAAAUGGAGAAAAAGAUUUUGAUGAAAUUCAACAAUAUCAAGAUGACAGAUGGGUAUCAGCACCAGAAGCACUAUGGAGAAUAUUUGAAUUUGAUUUAAAUGAGAUGUAUCCAUCAGUGUGUAAUUUACAACUGCAUUUAGAAGACCAUCAAUCAGUUUAUUAUAAAGACAAUCAAAAUUUGCUUGAUAUAUUACGAACCGACAUUGGAAAAAAAACCAUGCUAACUGAGUUUUUUAAUCUCAA